GACUGCAUAUGGUGUUUUCUCUGAGGUGAUUGAGUUUUAUCUGACUUGACUUGUCAUGAAAUGAUGAUCCAGGAUACUCCAUAGUAUAGUCGUAUAAAGAAAUAUCUGCCAAUUGUUUUUGGCUUAAACUUACAUAAAUUUAAUUUAUUAUACUAUGAAGAAACGAAGCAAUAAUCUCAAUAAAUAAAAUGGAAACUGCAAAUGUGCGGGUUUCUUAUGUUGUUUUAGCGUCCAAAUUUACUAAUGUCCAUCAGUUGUGGAAAUUGAUGCAGAAUCGUUUUCUGUUGGUCUGUCAACCAGCUGAGUGAUCACCUCGUUGUUUUCAUUAAGGAGCCUUUAUAGCCACAGACUAGACUUCACAAGUCGAGCAUGACGCAAUUUACGAGGUUAAUUUUGCGGGGAAUACUUAACGGACAUUGUUUUCCGGUUUCCUCUCCUGGCUUGUUGUGAUUGGUUGAUUAGUCAGUGACGAGCCCACAAGCGAGACUAUGAUUGGCCAACAGCUAGAAACCAGGUAGUGGCAACAACGCAACACGAGCUUGCAGAGUGGUGUCUGUUUAUCGGUAAGUGGGGUCCAGCAUGGGCUUGCAUAUGAAUAAAUAAAUUGUUGCUUAACAGUAGGUUUCUAUCCAAAAACUGGAUGAACUGUUGUGGAAUAUGAAAGUGUAGAAACGGCUGUUUUAAUAACUAAAAAGUCAGCGGGCAACGUGAAUGUGUUCAGUCAGUUCUUGUACUUUGCUCGUCCACAUUUACAAUGAAAGCUAAUGAAGCGAGUCUUCAGACUGACCGAUAAAAACUGAACAAGAAAACGCAAAACCACUGGACAUUUUUUUUAUAUUUCCAAGUGGAGAAUGAAUCAUAUAACUCACCAGAGAAAAACUACUGUAAAUUAAUUCAUUUUAGUAGAUCGCUGUGGUAGUGCAUAAUUGUCGUUAUUUCCACACAUCCACUGGACACUUAUAAAGAGAAACUAGGAUAUAACUAUCUUCUAAAUAAAGGGAUUGAUCAGGGAUGCUCUUGUGUGGCGGCGUUGUGCCAAAAAGUUAUUGCCAGAACACUUAUCCUCAUGUCUCUGCAUUAAUUUACCAGCACUGUGCCCUGGAUUAUAAUCAAUGCAUUAAUUUUUAAUGACUGAAAUGCCGAACAGUACCCAGUUCAAAUCGUUUAAGCCAUAAGGUUUUCCUUUCUUCCAAAAGUGAUCGCAACUCCUACGUUGUGACUGAAUUAAUGCAUCAAAAUGACUUGAUUUAUUCAUGAAGGAGUUAUAUUUUAAAGAUUACAGAUGAUAUAAUUGGAAAUAGCAAUGUCUGUAUUUUACACAUAAAAUUCACAAGUCAGUCAUUGUAAUAUCAUUCUAGAUAAGGAUAUUAGAAAAAUCAAACACAUACAGCCUAAACAUCAGAAACUAUAAACUGAUAGCACUUAUUUUGUUUCAUUUCAUUCAGGCUCAAGAAAUUUUUACUAUUACCAUAGACAUUUUUUGUGUAUUUGCUAGUUAUUUUUGGUAAAUGGUCACUUUUGUGUACAUCGACCUUUUAUGUUUAUGUGCUUCCAUUCUAGUUAUGAACGCAAGGUGAGAGAAUAGUUUAACACCGUAGAAGGAGUUUGGAAACCAGCACAAAUCUUGGAAAACUUUACUCCAAAGCUCCAUCAUUACUUUGGAGUUACUUGAUCUCCUCAUGCAAGGCUUUCUUUUAAAAUCUAAAUCCUCUUGCUUUGCUUCAUCUCUUUCAUCUUGAUUAUUUCAUUGAGAACUGCUUAAUAAAGCAAUGAGAUGGGAGAUCAUCUUUAAAAUGGCACUUCCCCAGAGAUGUAUGAGUGAUAUUGGGGUUUUAGUAUGAAAAGGGCACCUUGCACCCACUUAUGAUCAUAGAAGCUGUUCCUGAUGUCAGUAUGUUUUGGCCUAGAACUAGUCUAAUGUACACUCUUUUAAUAUGCGUUAUUAUGUUUUAAAACAUUCAGAGUAACAACCUCAUAGUUAUCUAGGCUUUUCUGAGAAACAUAUUGCCAUUUAUGUGUGCUUGUUAGCCCAUAUAUGUCGUUUCAGUUGUGUUUCUCCUCCGUGCAGUAUCCAUCAUGGAAGCACAUCUGUUUCCUCGCGAGUCUGGCCAGUUCAUAGCAGAGCGGAGUCGAGAUGUGUUUGUGGAGGACGCAGGAGUGCAGAAGGUGGCAGAGAUGCUUUAUGCUCUCCGGCACAGCGACGAUUUGACUGCCAGUGGUUGGAAGAAGGCAAAUCCAUUGGCCCCGGCACCCACCUCUGACCAGGGGAGUUUGUCAGCAUUGAACUGGGUGUUUGUGGUGGACACCAUGAACUUUUCCUUUUGGCCAGAGAAAGAAACUGAACAGUGUGAGGUGACUUAUAAAGGAACAACAUACACAGGCUAUAUGACAUUGUGUGCUGCCAUCACAAGAGCCAUGGAAGAAGGUAUACCCAUUACCGAUCCAAAGUACUUCUCUCGGAUAAGUGUGGAGGAGUUGGGUCAUGUCCUUCGAUCAGACAAUGAAACACCCAUGCCGAUGCUUCAGGAGCGCCACCAGGUGCUGACUGAAGGAGGUCGUGUGCUGCUGGAACAUGGUGGAAGCUUCCGAAGUUUUAUCAGCCAGGCCGGAAGCGACGCCAGGAAGAUGGUAGAGCUUAUUGUGCAGAAGAUUCCUUCCUACAAGGACGAAGCGACGUAUGAGGGAAAAAGAAUUUCAUUCUACAAGCGAGCUCAGAUCCUAGUGGCAGAUUUAUGGGGUGUGAUGGAGGCCAGAGGACAUGGAGACAUCAUUAACAUAGACUGGCUCACCAUGUUUGCUGACUACAGGGUUCCUCAGGCACUCGUCUACCUAGAAGCACUACGAUAUUCUGACACACUGAUGCAGACACUGAAGAACGGUGAACUGCUUUGCUCAGGGGACCGGAGAGAGGUCGAAAUCCGAGGUUGUUCCAUUUGGUCUGUGGAGCUGAUCAAAGACCGUCUUUGCAAGCUGGUGCAGGAGAGAGACGGACAGACCUGCAAUGUCAACUCAGCAAUCAUCGACUUUUACCUGUGGCCUUAUGCCAAGCAGCACCACAAAGAAAUGGCCCACAUUCCCAUACACCGCACACGCUGUAUUUACUAUUGAUGAUCUGGCUGGCAGUCGUACAUACAGUAGACAGCACUUCUCAGUGUGCAGCCUUGGCACCGGUGUCUGUCCCUGGGAAAAAGCCAAGCACAUCUCUGUGCCAGAUAUAUGUAUCUGGCACACUCUUUCUAGCUGUGAUGGAAACAGGUGUGAAGGCUUAAUGCAGCUUAUUUGUCUACGUGGGUCUAGCACCGUUGCCCAUUUGCAGUCGAUUAAAAUAUUUCCUGUUGAUGGUAUAGAACAUUUUCUCACAAACCUCACACUGUAAUAUAGAGCAAGGGAUGCCAUUUUGAUAAGCUAAAUGUACUAUGUGCAUGUAUAACUGACAUUAAAUGAUGCCUACCAAACAGCAGCAAAAGUAAAAUAUUUUGUAUUGA